AUAUAUGUUGUACAGAGUAUAACCGUGAAUAACAACGCGGAAAUAGACGAUUUUCGGUUGACUAUCGUUACUUUUUCGCCGCGAGUGACCGCCGUGUACGUACGAAUCACUUGGUUUUUUUCAAAAAAAAAAAAAAUAUAUAGUUAUUCUUUAUAAUAUAAUAUUUUUUUUUUUUUUUGAUAACGAAAAAUUAUUUUAUAACAAACGACGGAUAUUGUGUUUUUUCCCCUCGAACGAAUUCGCCGCCGAUGUCGGCCGCGCGCUUCUUAUCAUAAGAGCUUUUUUUUUUCCAAGACGAACAGAACAGUGGUGUUUCCUUUUUGGCUCUUGCCUCUUUGCUCUAUCCGAAAUCGGGCAUUCUUUUUUUUCCGCUAAUAUUAUUAAUUAUAUAUUUCUUGAUGUAUAAAAUAUAAUAUGAUAUUAUAAUACACCCAAAAAGUACACUCGAGAUUUUCCACCGAAUUGACUGACCGCACACGCCUUCCGUUACUCACACAUGUAAAAAUCAUAAUAAUACCUUUAAAUUUAUUUUUGCUACAUUAUAUAGCGUAACGAGUAUUUUGCGUUUUUUCUUCUUUUUUUUUUUUGUAUACAAUACUGUGUUAUUAUAUGCGAUGCGAAUGAACGUCGGUGAAAUUUUCAAACGCUAAUAAACGUCCAAAUGACGGAUUAGGUUUCACACAAACCCCCGCAAACACGUCGUCGACUCCGUACGGUGCAUAGGCGAUUUCCAAACGCCAGCCGACGAUAAUUCAUGGUGGACUCAUCGUAUACAUUAUCAGUGAUUGAUAUCGAGAAUAUAAAGGCUUGACUCUCCGGCCACAAUGAAACCAGUUGGUGUUUAUUCAUAUAGUGUACGACUCUGCUGCAGAGAUGAAUUAAAUGGAUCCUCAGAUAGGUUGGCUGCAACCAGAACAAGUAGGUCCCGCUCAAGAAUUUUGGUCCAGAAUAUUGGACUCCACUGAAGACACUGACAGUAACGACGACAAAUAUAGCACUGAAACGAUUCAGGAAGAAGAAGACGACGAUGAUUACUCGUUGCCUUUAGAUUGGAAGUUUGAUUUUUCAAUUGAUGAUCAAGAAAUCAAAACAAGCAAUCUCUAUGAACACGGUCUGUUCACAAACAUAGCCAGCACGUACGACAUGAACAAAAUGCAGGCGCAUUACAUAGGAAAAUUCGGCGGCUGUCCGUGGAGACAUGGGAAGAGUUACGAUCGCCAACCAAUUUGCACCCUUCAUAAAGAGAUAGAAGACUUCUUCGCUUAUAUGUCGGCCACGCCAGAAGAACAUAACAUGAGGCUUGACGUCCUAGAACGUGUAACCAGCGUAAUACACGCUGAAUGGCCUAAGGCUAAAGUCGAAGUAUUCGGUAGUUUUCGAACCGGUCUUUAUCUGCCUACCAGUGACAUGGAUCUAGUUGUAAUAGGUGAAUGGGACACAUUACCAUUACAUUCCCUCGCUCAAGCUCUACUUAAAAAUGGUGUGUGUAAUGAAAACAUUCAAGUCCUUGACAAAGCAUCAGUUCCAAUUGUUAAAAUGACGGAUAAGGCAACUGAUGUCAGAGUGGACAUAAGUUUUAACAUGAAUAAUGGUGUAAAAUCAGCCGAAAUGAUUAAGCACUAUAUGGACGUCUUUCCGAUGCUUCCCAAACUAGUAUUAGUAUUAAAGCAAUUUUUAGCUCAGCGUGAUAUGAAUGAAGUAUUUUAUGGAGGAAUAUCUUCCUAUAGUUUAAUCCUCAUGGUCGUUAGUUUUUUGCAGUUACAUCCAAGAGGAGAUUUAAAUUACACUACCGCUAACCUGGGUGUAUUACUUAUAGAAUUUUUCGAACUUUACGGCAAGAAAUUUAAUUAUAUGCACACGGCCAUACGAGUGAAAGAUGGUGGACAAUACAUAUCUAAGGAUGAAGUUCAAAAAGACAUGGUCGACGGUCAUAGGCCAAGUAUAUUGUGCAUUGAAGAUCCAUUGACCCCAGGCAACGAUAUUGGACGUGGUUCUUACGGCGCACUUCAAGUCAAAAGUGUAUUCGAAUAUGCGUUUACAACACUUAAGGCUGCACUCGAUCCUCAAAUCGUCUCCCCUUGUUUCAGUAUACUUGGACGAAUUGUACGAGUUAACGACAAAGUUAUACUAUACCGGCAAUGGGUUCGGGAUACUUACGCCAUACACAAUACUCAAAGAAUGAUAAUCAAUAAUUUUUUGGCCUCAAACACCAUUAGUAACAAUGUUAGCGCAUCAACAAAUACUAGCAGUAGAGCGUCUACUGUGUCUUCUGGUUCCGGAUCUGCUGAAUCUGACUCUGAGAGUAGUAUAGAAAAACUAAGCGACCACGGCGAUCACAACGAUCAGAAUAGUAAUUAUCAGCCGAGGCGUAAAUUUCCCCACUACCAUCGACACAACAGUUGGAACAAUCAACAAAGUCACCAAAUAAUUAAUCCAGGUAAUCACGCAGCAAUGCGUACCCAAAGGAUAAUUUGUCCCAGUCCGGCCAACACUUACCAACAAAGGGGUUUCACUAACAAUAAUUACAAUAAUAACUAUAACCAUCAUCAGAAUUAUCGGCCUAAUUCUGGAAAUAAACACCAAUACGCUGGUAAUUACCAGCCUCAUUUUGGUAAUUUUACGUCAUCGCAUAAACGGCAAAAACGGAAAAACCAAACACAAGAUGUCAGAUAAAAGCGCGUAAAUUUUAAAUAUAAUAAAAAAAAAAAAUUAGACAAAGUAUAUGAUAACUUAUAAAAGUAUUAUAAUAAAAAUUUUUUAAAAAAAUUAUUAGAAAAAAAAAUACAAAAACAUUAAAAACGUAAAAAAAAA